UGCGACGCUUCCUUCUGCUGCUCCCCUGUCCUUAGUCCCUCGCGGUUUGUGUUCUUUACAGCGAAAUUCGCUAAUAAGUAAGGAGAGGCACUGUUAAUUGAGGCGCUGAGGGCUGGAACCUCUUGCUGUGGUGAGGGAUCGGUGCUCAGCCUCAGAACUGGUCGGCCAGGUAGUAGAAGGCAAGCUGCUCUUGGCUCGAGGUUCUCUUUUCCGUGGCUUUGUGGUUUUAGAAAUCAUCAUUUUGUUUCUCCUUUUGUCCCCUGACAAGUGCAAAUCUCCACCGAUGUGUUACAUUAGUAACAAAUUGAAUUUACCUUGCUCGCAGGGUCAGGUGUCUUCCCGACCGCACAUGUGCAUAAGUAGGUUGAGAUUCACUUGAAAUCGAACUUAGUGGUCCCGUAUGCAACAUCACUCGACAUCACUUUUAUUCUUUUCAGCCUUUCUAUGUCGCCACGAUAAUACAGAGGCCAACGAAAUGUUUUGUUAACUCAUCUGUGCCAUUAUCUUUGUGCUCUUUGUGGAGGAAUAGGCCAGGUAAUAACCACUUCCUUGACGAUAUCUGCUUGCUUGCUAUGAAGAGGAAAGAAAAUCGUGAAUAUUGAGACUGUGUGGGAAAAUGUGUAGUGUAAAGGGAUGCUGGAGGAAAUGGCAGAGUUGUCUGAAGUCCGUGGUCAGAUGGUGGUGCCUGUUGAAGAGAAAUGGCAACAAUGUGAUAUUAGUCUUCUCAAAGCCUUUUGUGUAGGCGAGGUAGUAAUCAAUUUGAUUUUGGAGUAUGGGAAGGUUCUUCCUGUGUAUGUGCAGGUUUUUGUGAUGAAUUUCACUAACAGCUUAAUUAUGGACUUAGGACAAGUGCCACAAUGUAACCUUUGGGAUCCCCUUUCUGUCUCUUCAUCCGUUUCUUAAGACGAGAAUUAGGUACCUUCCAUAAGUGCCAUAAUCCAGAAGAGUGUGUUGUGAUUGCUUCUUUUCUGCAGGUGUUACCAUUUUGCUCGCUGUUAUGAUCUGAAGGUAGGCCUUUGUAUCAGAUAAUCCGUGGGAUAACAGGUUACAAAUCUGUUACCUUUGUCUGACUGAAAGGCACACGCCUUUCGUUUUUACGGCUGUAAGGAGAAAGACUUUCAGAGAUGUGUUUCCUUGUCACUGGUAGAACUGCUCUUACAUGUCACAUGCCUGUGGUUUGAAGUCAAAUAUUAUCCACGUUAAAGAGAAAUUGUCACUGCAACUUUUCUGUGGGUCAGCUGUGGCUGCAAAUGGUGGGGAUGAGUGAAAAUUAUAUGAGAUGUGAAGGGUUUGAUAAGGGUCUUGGGUCUGCUCUGUGUGAGGAGGUACUGGUAGAGACAAGGAUUUAGUUUUGUUAUGUACAGCCUUUAUUUAUGACCUUCUGAAAAUGAGUCUGAAGAUGUCUUAUUUUUGACAUCACACUGCUCAGGAUCUGACUAAGUUGUGGGAUCAUCAGUCUGCUUUCCUGUUGCAAGGUAUUUCCUGUGAAUGGCACUUAUGGAGCAUUCAGGUAAACAUCAGUUUGAAUUUUGAUACUCAGGUCUCUUCCAAAUUACCCGUGUGCUGAAGUAGAAUGAUAUUUGAGCUGAUAUUGUGAUGACUGGUCGUUUUAUCACAGCUGCACAUCGCUUAUGCACUUGAGAGUAGUUUACUUUUCUUAGUAUCAGACAUUUCUUAUGGACAUCUGAGCUAUGAAUGUUCUCAGAUAAGGAGGAGCUGUGUGUGCUGUUUUUCUUUCAGGCACUUUGCAGUGUCUGACUGCAAAGGUUGGUUUCCUGUGGCAUAACGUUUGGGCAGGGUGAAAAAUUCUGUCUGUGCAGAGACAGGGCAGAUGAAAAAGUUUGCUGUGGUUUUAUUUUGAAAGUGCAAAAGAUGUAAAGAGAGUGCAGUAGUUCAGGUUGUCCUAGUAAUUAUAUGAGGUCCACAGUCGUGGUUCUGUUCAUUUUCCCCUUUUUACUGUACAAAAAAGUACAUUAUUGACCUGUGGUUUUGGGCUUCAGUGCGAGCUCCUUUGUGACAGGAGUGUUGUGUGGACAUUUUACCACCUUGAUGCCCUUCUUGUGUACCUACUCCCGUUGAGCUAAUCUGUAAUGACAAGCUAUCGACCCUUGCAGAGAAAUGCAACUCCCCUUCCUGGUAACUGCAUGGCCUGCUCACGAUGGAUGUUAAUGAUAUUUGGCCUGGGCAACCAGGAUUUGGUUAGACAUUCUUGCCAAUGAUGAGGGUCAGGGAACAGCGUGCAAGUUGUGCAGGGCUGGAGACAAGAGUCCUGUGACCUGCGUGGCAAGGUCUGUGGAAGGACACAGGAGUUAUGGUUUGCUCUUUGCCCAGCUGUGGUAUCACGUGAUGUGGUUUUCUUUUUCCCCAGUAAGUUUGGCCUAACAGAUUUUACUCCAGCUGUAUGGAGAGCCCUGGGAAGUUCCACCUGUAUGUUUACAGGUUGUUGUGUUAUUUUUAAGGAAUGGUUUAAUUAGCUACCUCUGGCAAGUGCCACAAUAAAGGGAGUUUUGGGAGGAGCCAACUCUGUAUUCAUUCACUACUAAGUACCUUAACUACGUGCCUAAACUUAGUGCAUCAUCUGGAAGAGCAUCUGUUGAUUCCCUUCUUUUUUGCAGAUGUAAAAUUCUUACUUUUCUCCUUUAAUAGAAGUGUUCUCUUACAGUGUUCCUGGAAGAAAUUCUCUUGCUUGACACAUAUACAGGUGCAGAAGUCAAAUAUUGGUCACAAUAAUGGGAAGCUGUCUGAGGAACUUUUCUUUUAGUGGAGUCUCUCUGCUAAUUGUGAAGAUCUAUGAUAAUUCUGUGACUUGUGGAGGGUUGGAGGAGAAACUUGGGGGUGCUGUGUGUGGGAAGUUAAUGGUGGAGGCAAGGCAUGUGUUUUGUGGAUUCCCAGGGUUUCUUCAUGGCCUUCUGAAAAUUGUGUGAAGGUGUCUUUGUAUUUUGAUGUUCCAUCAUUUACACUCCAGCGACCAGGUUGUGGGUUCACGAGUUUUGUUUUCUGUUUCAUGAUGUUUGCUGUGAAUGGCAGUUGUCGGGCACAGAGGGAAACUUUGCAUUAAGAAUAAUAGACUCACAUAUCUUCCAAGGAAUUACGGUGCUGGAGAAGGAGGAUGCUGCCUCUGAGUGAUACUUUGAUGACUGGAUCACUGAAUGAGCUGCCUUUAUAACAUUUUACAACAGUUGAGUUGUGCAUUGAGCAGAAAAUUCUCUGUGCAUUCCUCUGUGUUGUGAUGCUUGGGAUCUGAAAAUCUGGGAGUGCAACUUUUCAUUUAGCGGUGUCUGCCUUCUAAAUUUUCUUUCCUAUUGUGUGAUGACAGAGGGAAGAAGUCUGUCUAUCCAGAGACAGGUCCCAUGUAGGAGUUCACUGUGGAAUAAUUUCAAAUGGAUAAAAGAAAUUUGUCAAGCUCCAUUUAUCCUAGCUCCUAGAUGUGGCCCUCAAGUGUGGUUCCAAGGAUUUGGGGUUUUAUGUUGUCCAAAGCACUGACUGUGGUUGGGGUCUAUGCUUUGCGGUCUGCUCUACCCCUCCUGUGUACUUGUCUGAAAAGAUUUUUCUUUGUUAUGUAUCUGCUACAACAGACACAGUAUGAGGCAUGGAUUUAUGCUUCAUAUGUUCUGAUGGCUUCACAAAUUGAGUGUUGUCUAAAUACUCAAUCCAAGUUGGGCGUGACUAAAGACUUCGAUAGCAGAAAGAGAAGCCUGAGAGAUGGGAUUUGAAGCAGGAAAAUAGGUGUGUGAAACCAGGCAAAUAGGUGUUUCAAUAAUAAAUAGGUGUUCAAAACCCCAGCUCAAAUGCGGCUGCAGUGCUGCGGCGGCGCCUCCGGGUGUCGCUGUUGGCCGCCGCCGAGCGGCGCUGGAGCCGCAGCCGCCGCCGCCGCAGCGUCCUGCCCCCGCAGGCUGCUCGCUCGCCCGGCCAGUGGCGGCCAGAGCGGCAGCGGCACGGGCAGCAGAGGCGAGAGGCGGCCAGAGCGGGCAGCGGCGGCGUCCGAGGCGGCGGCGGCGGCCCCUGCGCUCGCUGCUUCGAGCGGCUGCGAGGGAGGCAGGGCAGCGGCAGGAGCCGUCCGAGCGCCGAGAGCCGGCGCUGCCGACAAUGGCGGGCGGGCGGAGGCAGAGCGGCGGGCCGGCCGGCGGGCGAGCGCUCUGCUGCCCGCUGUGCUGCUGUGCCUGUGCUGCCGGGCGGCGCCGGAGCGGCUCCGCUACGCCAUCCCCGAGGAGCUGCCCACGGGCUCGCUCGUGGGGCCGCUGGCACGGGAUCUGGGGCUCAGCCCGGACGAGCUGCCGGCGCGCAAGCUGCGGCUCAGCAAAAAGCAGCAAUACUUCACCGUGAGCGAGGAGAACGGGAACCUGUACGUGAGUGAGAGGCUGGACCGGGAGGAGCUGUGCGGCGAGUCGGCGUCCUGCUCCGUCAGCUUCGAGGCGCUGGUGCACAACCCGCUCAACGUCUUCCACGUCCAGGUGACCAUCCAGGACGUGAACGACAACUCCCCGACCUUCAGCAAGGCUGCUCUGGAACUCGAGAUCGGUGAAUGGACACUUCCAGGUGCCCGUUUUCCUCUGGAGAUGGCACAAGAUGCAGAUGCGGGAAGCAACUCGCUGUUGACUUAUGAGCUCACCAGCAACCCGUCCUUCUCUCUUGCCUUGAAGGAGAGGCCGGGUGGAAAGAAGCAGCCGGAAUUAGUGCUGGAGAGAGCGUUGGAUCGGGAGAAGCAGAGUUCCUUUGAGCUGGUACUGACGGCAGUGGAUGGUGGGGACCCUGCGAGGUCCGGGACUGUCCAGAUUCGUGUCAACGUGACGGACGCCAAUGACAACCCGCCCGUGUUCAGCAAAACAGUGUACGAGGCAAGAGUGGCGGAGAAUCUGCCGGCGGGGUCGCUGGUGCUGAAGGUGCGGGCCACGGAUGCGGACGCGGGAUCCAAUGGGCGGGUCUCCUACUCCUUCGGCAACGUCCCGGCCGGGAUCCGCGAGUUGUUCACGGUCGACAGCGAGAGUGGCGAGAUCAGGACUGCGGGACCCCUCGAUUUCGAGAAGAAGAGUAAAUACAGCUUUGAACUGGAGGCGACGGACGGAGGCGGGCUUACUGAUCACUGUGAAGUGAAGAUAGACAUCACGGACGAGAACGACAACGCGCCCGAGAUCACGAUUCUGUCGCUGUCGAGCCCCGUGCCCGAGGACGCGCCGGUCGGCACCGUGGUGGCCCUACUCAACGUCCACGAUCCCGACUCCGGCGAGAACGGUGAGGUGUCGUGCGAGCUGUCGGGAGAGGCACCGCUGUCGAUCGUGGCGUCGUCGGGCGGCUCGUACAAGGUGGUGACGGCGAGCGCGCUGGACCGCGAGCAGGCGUCCGAGCAGCGCGUGACGGUGGUGGCCCGGGACCGGGGCAGGCCGGCGCUAUCGAGCACGGCGGAGCUGGUGCUGGAGGUGUCGGACGUGAACGACAACGCGCCGGUGUUCGAGGAGGCGGCGUACAGCGCCUACGUGCGGGAGAACAACGUGGCGGGCGCGCUGGUGCUGCGCGUGAGCGCGCGGGACGCGGACGCGGGCGCCAACGGGCGCGUGAGCUACUGGCUGGCGGGCGGCAGCGCGGGCGCGGCGGGCGCGGCGCCGCUCGUGUCGGUGGAGGCGCGGAGCGGCGCGGUGUACGCGCAGCGCUCCGUGGACUACGAGCAGUGCCGCGAGUUCGCGGUGGCCGUGCGGGCGCAGGACGGCGGGGCGCCGGCGCGCAGCUCCACGGCCACGGUGCGCGUCUUCGUGCUCGACCAAAACGACAACGCGCCGCGGGUGCUCUACCCGCCGCCGGCGGCGGGAGGGGCUUCUUCGGUGGCGGCGGCUUUCGAGGUGGUGCCGCGCUCGGCCGAGGCCGGCUACCUGGUGGGCAAGGUGGUGGCGGUGGACGCGGACGCGGGGCGCAACGCGUGGCUGUCGUACGAGCUGGUGCAGGCGUCGGAGCCGGCGCUGUUCCGCGUGGGGCUGCAGAGCGGCGAGGUGCGCACGGCGCGGGCCGUGUCGGAGCGGGACGCGGCCAAGCAGCGGCUGGUGGCCGUGGUGAAGGACCACGGGCAGCCGGCGCUGUCGGCCACGGCCACGCUGCACGUGGUGCUGGCCGACAGCUUGCAGGAGGCGCUGCCGGAGCUGAGCGAGCGGCCGGCGGGCGCCGACGCGCCGGCCGAGCUGCAGUUCUACCUGGUGCUGGCGCUGGCGCUGCUGUCGGCGCUCUUCGUGCUCAGCGUGGCGCUGGCCGUGCUGGCGCGGCUGCGCCGGGCCGGGCCGCCCGCCGUGCUGCGCUGCCUGGGCGCGCAGCGCUUCUCGCUGGCCGGCGCCGCCUUCCCGCCCGACUUCUGCGAGGGCACCUUGCCCUACUCCUACAACCUGUGCGUGGCCGCGCCGGCCCGCGCCGCCGCCGAGGCCGCUUGGCCGCCGCCGCCGCUGCCCAUCCUGCCCGCCGAGGAGCUUCUGGCCGGGGAACCCUGCGACAAGCCGAUCCCGAGCAGCAGCGCCGUCGCGGGAGAGCCACCCACUGUCCCCGAUGCACCGCAGCAAGCUCAGCCCAACACAGACUGGCGCUUCUCUCAGACCCAGAGACCUGGAACAAGUGGGUCCCAGAAUGGAGAGGAAGCUGGAGCCUGGCCAAACAACCAGUUUGACACGGAGGUGCUCCAAGCCAUGAUCCUGGCUUCAGCAAACGAAGCUGCUGAUGGUAACUCGACCCUGGGCGGCGGGAAUGGCACAAUGGGGCUGAGCGCCCGCUACGGCCCCCAGUUCACCCUGCAGCACGUCCCCGACUACCGGCAGAACGUUUACAUCCCGGGCAGCAACGCCACCCUCACCAACGCCGCCGGCAAGCGCGACGCCAAGAACGCCGCCCCCGCCGCAGGCAACAAGAAGAAAUCCGGGAAGAAGGAGAAGAAAUAGAGAAGAAGAAGAAGGAGACCUUAGAGCUACAGGGCAGCCGGCUCCAGCACUCCCCUUAAAAAAAGCCACAGCCCAGGCCGGAGGACGAAUGUGAAUUAUUAUUUUUUUUUUUUUAAAUCUUUUUUUUUUGUGAUGCGAAAGUAGGAAAUGCUGCGAAUGUAUCUCGUCAUCAUCAGGUCUGGGAGCAGGGACUCGCUGCUCUUAGACCUCGUGAUGGAAACCAAUCUGAAAGCUGAACCGAACACAAACAAGUGCCCUGUGAAUAAUGUUUUAUACGAUCCCUCGGGUAUUACAAUAUGCAAGGGCGGAAGGUCUUUUGCCACGUCUUUGGAUCCGAUUUGCUCCCAAGGCUAAGGCUUUGUGCUUGGCUUUGCCCAAUGUAAAUAAUUUUAAUUUAUAUAGCCCUUCAAUAAUUUUUUCUUUUUGGAACGGAAAAGGAAGUUCUUAGCUUAGAGCCCACGCUCCAGUUCUUCGCUCUUAAAUUUUCCAUUCGUAAAAUUCACCCCCCGCCAAGUUAAUGAUAGUGAUGGAUUUGGGAAUUUGGAAGUUGGUAGGGAGUGCUUCAGUUCCUGCUUACCUGUCACCCAGAAAACGAAAAAAAAAAGUGUUUAUAUUGCAUGAGUCAAAGGGAAUAUGGCAAAGCUGCAUCCUAAACAUUUUUUUGUUUGUUUGUUUGUUUGGAUUUUUUUUUUAAAGCGUAACCACUAAUGGCCUGAAAUACGAGAAAGUAAAAAGCCCUCCUGAUGUCUGAGGAGCAGGGAAUUCUAUAAGGAGCAUUGCCGAGGUGUGCGGCAGCUGCCCCGGCGGUUCUAGGGGUCUCCGAAGAGCAGACACAUCUCAAACCUUCUUUGCAGUAAAUAUUUAUAUGUACAGUCGAUGUUCUUAUGGAAUUAAGGCUAAGAGAGCCUCGCUCCCCUGCGGCCAGGCGCUUGCCUGGCCAGGUCCCCGCCUGAGGGGACACACGGGGACGAUGCUUCACGUCUCUGCACAGUGUCUGCAUGCACGUCCCUCACCUCACACCUGCACUAGCGCAGUAGCUCCACGGACCCACAGAAGUCCUCGCAUGCCCACGCAGCGUGGUGUGAACACGCCGGCAGCCGCCCGAGCCCCCGCGCCGGGGCUGCCUCGAGGGAAGGGGUGGGAGGGGGUGGGGUGG